ACGGACGCCGUGCGGAGCGUCCUGCUAGCGGCCCAUCAUGGCGAUGAGCAGCGGCGGCGGCGGCGGCGGCGUCUCGGAGCAGGAAGAUUCGGUGCUGUUCCGGCGUGGCACGGGCCAGCAUGCUUUAAAGAAUGGUGACAUUUGUGAAACUCCAGAUAAGCCAAAAAGCACCCCAAGAAGAAAACCCAUUAAGAAGAAUAAAAGUCAAAGGAAGAAUAACACAACUCCCUUGAAACAGUGGAAGGUUGGUGACAAAUGUUCUGCUAUUUGGUCAGAAGAUGGCUGCAUUUACCCAGCUACCAUUGCUUCAGUUGAUUUAAAGAGAGGAACCUGUGUGGUGGUAUACACUGGAUAUGGAAAUAGAGAGGAACAAAGCCUAUCUGAUUUACUUUCCCCAACCUCUGAAGUAGCAAAUAAUACAGAACAGGAUGCUCAGGAGAAUGAACAUGACAGUCAAGUUUCAACAGAUGAAAGUGAAAGCUCCAGGUCUCCUGGAAGUAAACUAAAUAACAAUAAGUCAAAAGCUGCUCCAUGGAACUCUUUUCCCCCUCCACCACCCCCAAUGCCAGGAUCAGGAUUGGGACCAGGAAAGCCAGGUCUAAAAUUCAAUGGUCCACCACCACCACCUCCACCACCCCACUUCCUGUCAUGCUGGAUGCCUCCAUUUCCUUCUGGACCACCAAUAAUUCCCCCCCCACCUCCCAUAUGUCCAGAUUCUCUCGAUGACUCUGAUGCUCUGGGAAGUAUGUUAAUCUCAUGGUACAUGAGUGGCUACCACACUGGCUAUUACAUGGGUUUCAGACAAAAUCAAAAAGAAGGGAGGAGCUCACACUUCAAUUGAGAAUGGUGUUGAUAUUCCCUGGAAAUAUGAACAGAAGUCUCCUGGUUAUCUUCAUGGACAGGAGGUGGCGGGUAUCAGCAUCAGCAUCUUCCCCUGUUCCAGAGUGUCCAUGUUAGGACCAGUGUGUUCUUGGGGCAGUCAGUGAGAGUAACUAAACAAUGGAAAUGUGAGUGCUUGAAAGAAACUCAAAGGUUAUGUUCAGGACAUGAGUUGGUCUGUUAAAUUUGUGAUUCAGCACUUUGUAUAAUUGCAACUUAGUAAAUACGUUAAGCUUUUUAUUAAUGCCUUUCAAAGUAAAAUAAAGAUUUUUGAAACCUUGA